CACCAGCCUCCACCCCUCCACUCAGUCACUCCUCGUCAUCGCCUCUGGUCGUUCCGUCUAGUUCGCGGCCUUUGUUCACGCUUCGGCCUUUAUUCGCCCCUGCUCGCCACUUCUGUGGCACUUUACACACACAAAUAAUCAAAGUCCCUUGACGGCUGGCACCAAUCAUGGACGAAGACGGGAAACCUCAUUCUCCUCCUCAACCUCUUCCCAACGACGACGAACAUUCUAGAAGAAACCGCAUCGUUGCUAACCUCAAAGACUCUCUCUUGUCUCAGCUCGCUGAAUCCAACCCCUCCCUCUCCCUCGAAACACGCCAUGUUUCCUCUCUCAUUCAGCAGCGUCUCAAGAAGAUGUUUCCUUCUUUCCACACCCCCACGCACCCUCCUUAUGCACUGAUGAUACAUAGGGCAAUAUCGGAGCUAAAUGAGAAUAAAGGGUCCACUGAAAAAGAAAUUUCUAACUUCAUUGUAAAGAAGUAUGAGGAUUUGCCAUGGGCGCAUAAGAAGAUUUUGGGUAUUCAAUUAGAGAAGCUUUGCCAGGAAGAGGAGAUUGAGUGUAAUGAGGGUGGCAGAUAUGUUCUACAGGCUGAUGGUGAUGGAAUACAUGGUGAUCGGAAGGGGAGACAGGAAUGUAAGAGUAAGAGGAAGAAGAGAGGAAAGAAGAGAAGUCAGCAUAGCAUGGAUGGAGGUGGAGAGCAAAAGCGGAAAAGAGUAAAAAUCUGUGAAGAGGUUGAGAAGAGUGAAAAGCCUAUAGAGGGAAGAGAUGAGGCACAACAUCAGGUUUAUGAUUUAGGUGAUGUUAGGACUGAUGAGCCAAUUAGUGUGGUGAGAUGGACAGAAGAGAAGGGGGAAGAAGCACUUGACCAGUCAGCUGAAAGGAUUGGAGAGCAGAAUAAAUCACAAGGGGCUGGAGUUGUAGAACAAUAUGUUGAAGCAGAGCCUCUAGUACAGGAGUCACAGGAUCAGUACUCCAUAGUGCACCCAGAAACAAUUUGUUCAUCCCUCCCAACUGUGCCGAAUGUUAUUGAUUACCAGAAGCCACUUGAUCUUCCGAGUUCAGAAUGUGUACUGUCAGAAGGACAAUUGAAACAACAAAUGUCUUCUUUGGAUGUUCCUGAACAAAAGCAAGAUGGGAACUCAAUAUCUGGUGAUCCUGAGAAGCAUUCUCCAAAGCGCCAAUGCAGAGGGAGGCACCUGAAAUCUAUGCCAGUUGCAGACGAUCAAGAGGAGUCCUUUUUACCGUUACGUGACCUUAUUCUUGAUGCACAAAAGCCCAAGGUAAAUAUUAUCGAGAAUCGGUGGCAGUCAUCUCCUCAAGUUCAAGUUGCAGGUCAAGGAAGGCACAAGGAACCAACAAUGUUUAAAAACAAAGCUAUGUUAGCUCCUGAGAAUGUUCAUAAUGAUCAGCCGCUGCAUGGAAAUCAAGGAUAUGAGAAUCCAGUGUCGGGGAAUGCUGAGCAUUGUCCAGCUAAGCGUCCCAGAGGAAGGCCCCGUAAGUCAGAGACUGAUGCAAACAACCCAAGGGAGUAUAGUCGUGGCAGAGGCAGAGGCACUGGUAGUGGUCUAGGUCUAGGUCUAGGUCGAGGUAGAGGUAGAGGUAGAGGUUGUGGUCGGGGAAGGCCUCGUAAAAUAGAUCAAGAUGCAAACCAUUCUGAGCAGCAACUGCAAACGGAUGAUCAAGAUAAGCAGCUACGGAAAGAUGAUCAAGAUCAGCAGAAUUCUAGGGGUAGGGGUAGGGGUAGGGGUAGGGGUAGGGGUAGGGGUAGAGGUAGAGGUAGAGGUAGAGGUAGAGGCAAGGGGACUGGUAGGGGGAGAGGGAGGCCUCGGAAAAUAAAGCUAGACACGAACACAAACCAAUGUGAGGAGCAGUUACAAUCACAAGAUCAUGCUGAAGGUCUGGUUAACUUAGAUAAUCCGAUUGAGGACGAUAAUCGAAGUUUGCAGCAGAAGCCACAAUCAGAUGGUCAGCAGCAACAAGAGCAAGAUCAAGGUUUGGUUUCAGAAUCAAAACCUGAAUCAAAAGAGGCCUCUAAACCUGAUAUCGGAUACAAACCAGAGCCCCCGAUUGAGACUCAAUUACAAGCACCUCAACCUCAGGAUAAUAUGGUCUCUUAA